GCUGCUCACUCAGGAGGACUACAACUCCCAGCAAGGCACUGCAAAUCCCCUAGAACAGGAGCUGUGCAGCUAAUGCACCAGUGCCCAGGGUUAGCUGAUGUUGAUUGCAUCUUCAGGAGAACUGAUGGGGCUGGCAAUGCCAGCGUACCUAGGCUCUGCCCAUAUGCCAGCUGGUUUCCAGAUCCACCAGGAUUUUCCAGCCUCUUUCUCUCUCCCUGCUCUGCUGGCUUUGUUUCUCUGCCUUGUGUUUUACCCUUUCCCCGGUAGCUUUUAGAGCCUGGACACAGACUUCCUGUGAGUCAGCACAGCAGACAUUUGGAGGAGAAUAACUGAUGGGCAGAGCCACAGUGUGUUUGUGUGACAAAAAGCGAGAGGUCUGGACUCUGCGUUAGUUGCCAAGUUACCUCUGAUGGAAAAAUCCUCAUCUGGCUAAUGCUUAGAGAACAAAAGCAGAUGAAAGCCCAACGGUUUCAAAUAAGGAGAAGCGUCCAGAGGAGUGGACUAAAAACGGGAGCCCCCUCAGGAAACAAAAUGAGGAAGGAGAAGUGGGAGCACGCCGAUGCAAGGUAGAAAUCUUCGUGAGUCAGGAUAAAGCAAAGAAAGAGCAAAACGAAGCCGGAAACAGAUGUGACAUACCCACUCCCUGCGAACAAAGCUUCCGUAACAGCCCAGCAGCCUGGUCCAUCAGGGCAGCCUGGGAGCAGAGCAGCAUUACAAUGGAAAUCCUUAAAUUAGACGCACCAGAGAGACUGGGGCCAUGCAGCGAACAUGGGGAAAGCAUUGAUCAGAUGGUAGAUCUGACAGCCCACUGGAGAGCCCAGCAUGGCAAGGGUGAUGGAGAUGAGAAAAGCUUCAGCACCAUGGGGAGCCACGUAGGUACCACACAGCCAGGAGAGAGAGCACAUGAGUAUGCCAAAUGUGGGAAACGCUUUGUUAAGAAGGGGAAUCUCAGAGCCCAUCGGAGACCUCACAGGAGACAGGGCCCUGAGGAACCCAGUGGGUGUGAGGGAAAUACAACAGCAACAGAUCUCACAGCCCAUCGGAGACCUCUCAGGAGACAAGGCUCACAGGAACCCAACAGGUGUGAGAGAGAUCUGACAGGAGAUCUCAUAAGACACAAGACAAGCACUACAGAAGCGGAACCAUCCCCCAGCCUGGAAGUCGAGGAAAGCCACCAGGGAGCACUCUCCGCCCCAAGGGGAGGCCUGAGGAGAAAGCGGACUCACACGUGCUCUGAGUGCGGGAAGAAGUUCAGCAAGAAAGGCAACCUCACCAAGCAUCAGCGCACCCACCGGGACGAGCGGCCAUUCAAGUGUGGCCAAUGCCAGAAGAGCUUCUUCGUGAGGUCCCAGCUUGCCCAGCACGAGAGGAUCCACACAGGGGAGCGGCCGUACAAGUGCGCCGAGUGCGGCAAAUGCUUCACCCAGAAGUCCAACAUCAUCAUUCACCAGAGGAUCCACACGGGGGAGCGGCCCUUUAAAUGCGCUGACUGCGGGAAGAGCUUCAUCGACAAGUCGCAGCUCAUCACACACCGCCGGACCCACACGGGGGAGCGGCCCUUCACAUGCAGCGAGUGCGGGAAGGGGUUCCGGCAGAAGAUCACCCUGAUCACGCACCAGAGAAUCCACACAAGGGAGGAGCCCUACACCUGUCCUCAGUGCAGCAAGAGCUUCAGCCAGAAGGCCAACCUCAUGAGGCACCAGCUGAUCCACACGCGGGAAGGGCCGUACAUAUGCACCGAGUGCGGAGAGAGCUACAGUGCCAUCGGGCACCUGAAGAGGCACCAGCUGAUCCAUGCCGGGGACAGGCCCCACGUCUGCACUAAAUGCGGGAAGAACUUCACCCGCAAAUCAAGCCUCAACAGGCACCAAGAGAUCCACGCCAACGACAGGCCGUAUGCGGUGGUGGCAGCAGAAAACCUCACCGUGGUCUAUGAGAUAAUGCAGGUCCCGCUCUAGCACUAGGGGCGGGGUGGGGGAUGUUGAAUUGCAAUGCAGAUUUCCUGUGUCACCUGUAGGAGGUGUUCAGAAGCUCCCCUGGGGCUGCUCUCUCUCUCCAGCUUCCAUGGAGUCUAAAAUACCUAAAAAUCCAGCAGAGGACAAAGAACGUGGGCUGGGUCCUUGCCGCUGUUUUAAUUUGUUUUUACUUGCACGGUAAUAAAAUCUAAUAGGACCUCAACCUGUGCAUUGCUUUUGGAGGGAGAGUUAGAGGAGGACAAAGGAGGAGGGGAAGUAGGUGACAGCAGCACUGUCCCUCCCUCUGAAGGACUCAAGGUGACACUCUGCAGCCUGUUAGAAAACACAUUGGUCCCUAGACACCAUGGCUGCAUGAGAUGGGGGUCAGGCCUGGGGUGACUAAAUAUUCAGGCUCAUGCCAUGGCUCCUACCAGAGUUACAGUCUGAGCGCACAGCCUCUGCUCUGCAUUGGCAGAGAGGUUCUUCAGCCCUUUCCCACCAAUGCUUCCUUGGUGGAGGAAGGAGGGUGUCUUUGUUUAAUGUAUGGUGUUAGGUUCUGGGCCCACAUAGUUGGUUUCUCUUGCUGCCCUUGUUCUUGGUGUCAUUUCCCACAUCGCCUGCACCUGCCCCAAACCCUAUCAUUCAGGCCACUCUCCAGCGGUGUCUGAAAACAGCCCUCCUUCACGCAGCUGCCCAGUGGCUGUCCAGGCCUCAUUAGCAUGUGCAAUCUGCUGAUUGGCAUAUGCUAAUAUGCACCUAGUGGUUGUUUCUGCUUAGCCCUGAGCACCAAAGGAUUUUGCAUGGGCCCUUCUGAAAAUCCCACAGAGCACUGGGAAUAAGGCAUGUCCAAAACCCACCUUUAAAAAUCCCUUUUUCACCCCAAACCCUACCGGAGCUCCUCGGAUGGGGCCCCAAAUCUCUACUGGCACCUGCCCUGGCGUUUG